AUGUCGAUCAGCCAACAGGAUCUUGGCCGUUUGGCCAGCGCCCCGAGCUGUUGUCCUCGCAGUACUAAGGGCAACUCGAGCAAUACGUAUCUCAGCUAUUCGGAUCUUGAUCUGGGCGGCAAGUUCUGCGGCGGAGGGUUUCUUAAGGCGGAACCUAGCUGCGAUCACUGGAAGUUCUGCGAGAAGGUGCCCAAUCGUUCAGACGUGGAGGCCGACUCCUUGGGUAGUCCUGUGGGACUCGUCUGCUCAAAUGCCACCGUAAACAAUCCCUGCGGAAGUUCUCCGAAGCAGCAGGAGGUAAAUGUUCUUAACUUCGCCACCUAUCUGAAGGCAUUUGCCUUGAUUUAUGUCCUGCCAGAAGUGGACUGGACGGCAGAGAAGAUCGACAUGUUGCUGGAGGAGGGCACGGAUUUAUUUCGAGCCAGCUCGGAUGUAAAUCAAGGGCAGGACGACCCAAAUGAAAACAAACUGCUCGAGCCAGAGAUCUAUACCAACGAAGAGAAGCGGAUCAAGAGAAAUUUCAAUCUCGAAGGACACACCUUUACUUUGGCUUUGGAACCCCGCUAUUUAGGGGUAGGAACAAAGCCGCUGGAGCAGCAGCCCGAGCAUACCAUCAACAAUCUAAGGACCAUUUUACAGAAUUUCUUCAAGUCCAGACGCUAUUGUCUUCUUCUCACCCGAGUGGGGCACCUGCUAAUCUGGCGGCGUAAAAAGGUUUUUUUCGUCCUGGACGUAAAGGGCAGAGGCAAGGACGACCUGGCAACCGUGAAGGACAACGGAGUGGCAAUGCUAGUGUGCCUUAAGUCCAUUGAUAAUGUUGUCCAUCUGGCCAGCAACUUGAGCGGAAUCUCUCCGGAAGAUGAGUUCAGUAUCCGGGAACUGGUGGUUGUGCGCCUAGAGACCCCGGAUGGACGCAUCUACAUGCGCGACACCAGCCACCGAUCCAUCGAAUUCAAGGUGGUAAACAAGAGUUAUGCCUAUCUGAAGGGCACUCUGCACCUAUCGUUAAACGAAGACGAUCCGGUGAGGAAUCGCAGUAGCCUGAUGGUGGCCGUGGCCUCCGUCCUGGCUAGCAAAAUCGAUCACCCGGCCAACUGGGACACUAAUAUGCUGGAUCGUUUAAUCAGCUAUGGAGUGGAAUUGUGCAAAAGUUGCUGGUCGGAUUGCUUGAGGGAUCGACGACCCAUUGAUUUGGACACCUUUCCCACCCAACUUAGAAUGGGACAGUUUGUGUUGGAACUCAAGCUGAUCCCGACUGUCAGAACGGGUCACUGGAAGUGUGGCGUCCGCAUCAUCGGUACCGAAUUCGAAGCUCACGUGUCGGAGGCUCUCAAGGAAUUUUGUAACGUUGUGUUUCAGAUCAAUAAUCAGAUGUACGCCAUUUGGCUUAAGGAUGGGUUUUACUACCUCCUUGAUCCCUAUCGCCACACCAUCGUGGGCACCCAUGUGGCGGAGGACAAGGCUGAGGGCGCCAAGUGGGCCACGGUGCGCAUGUUUCGUGACCAGUUGACCAUGCUCAGCGUGUUCCACCAGCUGCUGAAGGAGUCCAACCGGCAGUCUGCCUACUAUGUCCACGUGGUGCGUAUACGCAAUCUCGCCGAGUGUCCAAACGGAUACGCCUUGGCUCCUCUGCCCGAUGAUAAGGACAACUGGGAGGUGAAGUCUCUGAACGAACCCAUCUUGUUCAAUGAACAGCAAGGCGUCCGGGUGUGUAAUAAAGCCCUGGCGGAGAUUAGCGACUAUGAGGAGGAUGUGGUCAGUCUCACUGCAGAUAAAUUCGACAUUGAUAAUUUCAAAAUCCUUGAUGAGCAACAGGAGCCAUGCGCAGAGUGCGAACUUUGCGAGGAAGAGCUGGAAAUGCGCACAGAAUCCUUAAAGGAAACAAAUAGGAGAUGUGCACGUCGCAUGACGCCCAGCAAAAAUACGUAUUCCAAAACCAGAAUGGGCCUCCCCAAAAAGGGGGCCAAUAGGGCGACAAAUGAAAAUGAUACUCCUGGAUUGGGUAAAAAGAGCACGGGAUUCGCUAGUUCUUCUAGGCAAGCGGGUGGCAGAUACUCUUCUCCAAAGUCACCUGGACGUGGCACAUCUAGAGAAAACUUAUCAAAUAAGGUUAUAAAAAGAAGCAGGAGCUCCUUAAAGCAAGCUGACCUCGGUACCGAUUCUCCUCCAUCAAGGGCUCCUGUAAAAUCCACACCUAACGCAGGACCACCUCCUGGCAGGAUUCUUAAAAGAACUAUGAAGUCUAGGGCAGUUGGCGGCAGAUCGUCCAACCGUUCCCCAAACAAUACUCUUCUACGUUCCAUAUCAAAAGAAGAGGCAUCUCCUGAGAGGACUACGAAGAACAAUAUACAAUUCAAAAGGCAAGCUGGAGGCAUGUCAACUAGAGAACCGCCAGCCACAUCGCCCGAGCGUUCCAAAUCUAGAGACGGGUCUUCAAGUAGAAUUGUACAAAAAAAUAUAAAGUCCUCCAGACAAACUGGGGGUACGGCUUCCAGUCCUUCUCCGGAAGUAUCUCCAGUAAGAUACAGAUCCAAGGAAGAGGAUACUUCUCGAAAGAUUAUGAAAAAAUCCGUAAACACUAAGCAAAUUGGUUCUCCCGAAAAGUCCCAUUUACGUUCCAAGUCUAGAAACAGGUCACCUGGUAAGAGUUACCUGCGGGAAACACCCUCAAAGAAGAUGGGUGCCAACGUAGGUGAUCCCUUGGGAACACCCAUUACAGGCACUGCCCCAGAAUUAUUAAUGCCAAAGGAAACCAUUGGUAAACGAUCACAGGUGGUCAAUAAGGAAUCGAGCGACAGAAAAGAAGUAACUGCCAACAGGGGAGUAAUGCUCCUACGAAAAGCACACAUGAAUAUGACCACGCCCAUUGAGACAAGGAAAGAAACUCACAUACUCCAGCAAUCCGUGUGUAUGUCGAAUAGUCUGGGAGUGGCUCCUUUGGUCUCAGCCCACUUUAAUACACCGGCUGUCUCCAAGUUUGUCCAUGAACUAGACCAAAAAGAAAAACCACCUUCCCCACAGAAGAAUGGCCAGAGUGCAGGGCAAUGUAACGAACACCCCAAAAACUGUUGCUGUUGUGGUCCCGAUGAGGAUCCCAUGGAGGAAAGCGCGUCCCGAACCCCGGUCAGAUUUCCGGGCUUUAGUCAAGUACCCCAGCUCCUGGCCGUCGCUGGAUCCGAGAGUGGAACCGUGGAGAGCCUGAACCGGGUCUUGAGCUCCGCCUUCAAAGUGGCCAACCGGGUGCUCACGAUGACGCCGUGGGGCAACUAUGUGGUCUUCAGGCAUCGCCCAACCAAGACGUCGGAGUCGGCGGCCACGUGGUUCUACAUUUUCGAUGGCUGCACUUGCGACAUCGAUCGCUUUCGCCACCUCGAUCUCUCUACGGGCACCGCUGGUUUGAUCGCAUUCCGCAAGCAGUCCGAAGUUGUGUGCCACAUUAUCGAUUCGCGCGAGGAGAAGGCGCUCAAGAUGCUUCGCUCGGGGCAGGACGAUCCUCCCCACAAGAGGAUGCAAAAACUGUUGGCUUGCUGACACUCGAAAUGAUCGCCUUUAGACAGAAUCAAAUUUGUAGUGAACUAAACAAAUUUAGAGGCAAAUAAUAGCAAAUACAAAUUGAAAUCCUUUUUUGGGUUGUAAA